AUGGCUGAUGGUGUACCCUGUACUCUUAUCACCAGCUGCUCUUCCACCUUCACUGGAGACCGGCUGGUGCAACACAUCCUUGGAAUGGAAGAUCUUGUUGUGGAAGCAACUGCCAAUGAUGCCGUGAGAUAUCCUUGGACCAUUGAUAAUAAGAACUAUUCAGCUGACAUCAAUCUGUGUGUAGUGCCCAACAAAUUUCUCAUCACUACAGAGAUUGCAGAGUCUGUCCAAGCAUUUGUGGUUUACUUUGACAGCACACAAAAAUCUGGUCUUGAUAUUGUCUCCUCAUGGCUUCCCCUGGCAGAAGCAUGGUUACCUGAGGUGAUGAUCUUGGUCUGCAAUAGAGUGUCUGAGAAUGGUGUAAACCGACAAAAAGCUCAAGAAUGGUGUAUAAAACAUGGCUUUGAACUGGUAGAACUUAGUCCUGAAGAGUUGCCUGAGGAGGACGAUGACUUCCCAGAAUCUACAGGAGUAAAGCGAAUUGUUCAAGCCUUGAAUGCCAAUGUCUGGUCCAACGUAGUGAUGAAGAAUGAUAGGAACCAAGGCUUUGACCUUCUCAGCUCAUUGGGUGGAGCAAACCAUAGCAUUGUCGCAGACACCUGUCACUCAGAGCAGCCCCAUUUGCCAGCAACAGAUAGGACUGAAUCCCUCUUGGAUCACCGGGGUGGUACAGCUAACACAGCAGACGCUCAGGUUGACAGCAUUGUGGAUCCCAUGUUAGAUCUGGAUAUUCAAGAAUUAGCCAGUCUUACUAUGGGUGGAGGAGAUUUGGAGAAUUUUGAAAGACUGUUUUCAAAGUUAAAGGAAAUGAAAGACAAGGCUGCGGCGCUUCCUCAUGAGCAAAGAAAGUUGCAUGCAGAAAAGGUUGCCAAAGCGUUCUGGAUGGCAAUUGGGGGAGACAGAGAUGAGAUUGAAGGCCUUUCAUCUGACGAAGAACACUAGACUAUUCAUACCAGGGAAUGGGAGUGGAAUGAGAGGCUCAAAGUCUGUGAUUUGCCCAAGUUAAAGAAGAGGAAAACCGCUAAGCCACUCCUAGUCAACCUUUUAGGUGGCUUCCCCUGCGUCCACACUUGGUUACAGCAGGUCAGGAGCUAGUGCCACCUUUCCUGGG